CAAGAUUUAAGUUGUUUUGCGAAAUUUGUCAAUUUAACUACGCUUUUGGUUGGCAAUUCGGAUAAAAACAAAAUCGAACAAGGCAUUUAUAAUCGAUUUACUGGCAGCCUAGAAUGUUUAAACGAUUUGACUAAGUUGGAAAGGUUAAGUAUUCAAAAUACUGAUAUUGAUAGUGGGCUAGAAUUUUUGCCUCUCUCUGUCAAAGAGUUUCAUUGUUCGGCCGACCAAAGAAAGGAAAGUGGAGUGAAAAAAAUUGUGGAGGAAUUACAACCUUUUCUCAUCAGUCAAGAGAUGGUUUUUUAUUAUUCAGAGAAGAACAAAGGAAAAGAACCACAACAAUUUCAACAAAUAGAA